GAAAAAAGCGAUUUCAAGCUCCUGAGGGAAGAUGUGGGCUUACACCGUGGGCUUCACCGUCCUGCCCCACGUCGGAGGAUUCCUUGGCUGGUUCCUCAACCGGAAGGAAAUCCCGGAGUGGUACGAGAAGCUGAAGAAACCCUCGUGGUGCCCACCCCGCAAAGUGUUCCCUGUGGCCUGGACCAUGCUGUACACGGGCAUGGGCUACGCCUCCUACCUGGUGUGGAACGACCUGGGUGGCUGCGGCAGCAAGGCCAUCGUCCCCAUGGGGCUCUACGGGGCUCAGCUGGCGCUCAACUGGGCCUGGCCCCCCCUGUUCUUCGGUGCCCACAACCUCAACAUGGCGCUGGUGGAUGUGCUGUGCCUGGACGGGCUGGCCAUCGGCACGAUGUGCUCCUGGUACCGCAUCAACAGGCUGGCGGCAGCGCUGCUGCUGCCCUACCUGGCCUGGCUGGCCAUGGCCACCUGCAUCACCAUCCGCGUCUGGAAGGACAACCCCCAGCAGAAAAAGGACUAAACCCAGCCCUGGUUUGUGCUUUAGCUCUUUAUCUGCCAGCAGGGAUGGGUCUUGCUCUGCUGGUGGAUGGAGAUUGGGCUCUGCCUCCUGUUUGGGGAGCAUCCCCCUCCCUGCCCUCCCUGCUCCGGGAUAAAGCAGCAACGAGCAGCAGGCAAAUGCUUCUCCCAAGAGGAAAUUCCUCUCUCCCACCUCGGUGUGCCAUUCCUCAGCAGAACUGAAAACUCAUGCCGGUGUCUUUGAAGAAAACCUUCAUUUUGUUCUUUUUUUUCCAAGUACAGAGAUGCCAGAGUAUGUAGAAUUUGUGAGCCUGCUCCCACUGCCUGGAAGGUUGUAAUUAAUUAUAUAAUUGGCAAAAAGCCCCGCAUAGAAUCUGUCAGUGCAGUGCAAGUGCCUGAUCCUGCAGCUUCUCCAUGCCAUUAUUAACCAGGAAAGGUUAAAAUAAUGAGAAUUCCAAAGAAAUGGCAUGGAAUCAGACACAGGGGGUCUUGUCUAUCCCUUUUCAUGGAAACCUUUGAGCUUUGGUGUCUCCAGACACAAUUUACAUUAUUUUUAAUUGUUAAAAGCACUAAGUGUAGAGAGAAAGGGCACGUGGAUCUUUAUCCUGGCACUGGCUGGAAUUGGGGCUGUAAUUAAUUUGGGUUGUAAUUGGGGCUGUAAUUGGGGGUGGGAGGGCUCAGCUGGGGUUGUAACAUAAAUUGUAUUUGCUUUGAAUAAAACAAGCUGUUGGGUUUUUUUGAGAAUAAAUAAAUAAAUAAAUCUGAGUUAUUGUUGCUGUACUGGUUUGGGGUGAGGUCCCCAAAAAGCUCGGGGGGUCAAGGGCAGGGAUUUGGGAAGGCUCCAAAGGUGGAUUCAGGUUGGGAGGGUAUGGUCCAGGUGGGUUUGGACCCCAAAAGGUCCCUGAGGUCCCUCCUUGGGGACACCCCUGGGCCAGGCUCCUCUGUUCCCCCACCCCAGCUCCAAGGUGAGCAGGACAAUUCCUGGCUCUGGGAUCCCCCAGCUGCAUUUUGGGACACACUGAAUGUUCCUGGAUCCACCAGGGCAGAGCUGGGGGCUCAGCACAACUGAGAAACGAACCCUGGCAGCAGCUGGGAUUUGCAGCUCCUCGUAAAAUUUGGUGAUUUUGUCAUUUUGAUCCAUUAUUUUUCCCCCCUGGCUCAGGACUUCUUUUCCCCAGGGCUGCUGCCAGCCCAGGGCUGAGCUGUCCCAAGGAAAAGCUGCAGGAAAAGAUCGUGGAGCAGCUGAGGUUGGGAGCAGGAGCAGCCCCAAAGCCCUGCCAGCAGCACUGGCGACACCAAAAGCUGCUGGAAGAAAAAAAGAAAUAAAAAACCAAAUCCUAUAACACUUCAGGGCUUUAUUUUCUGUGGUACCACCGCACUUAUUUACAGCCUCUGUGUCUCCCAGGAUGUCCCUCAUGCCAAAGGAUGGGCAAAUGUAAAUUAUUUCUCCCUCAGAUGAAGGUGGGGUCUGGCUGAUUUGGGGGAGUUCAGGCUGAUUUUGGCUCUGCCCAUCCUGUCCUGAGGGAACAGGGGUGAGCAGAGCCAUCCAGAGAGGCCAGGAGGGAUUAAAGGAGCCUCUAUCUCCUUUUAGAAAAGGGAGAGAAUUAUUUAAAUCAUAUUUAAAUUGGUGGCUCUCUAGAUCUGGCUCAUACCUGCAACUCUUUAAUAACAUUUCCAAUUAAAUAGAUGAAUGCAUAUUUGAUCAUCUUUCAUAAAUUGGGUCUAUUUCCUCUUCCCACUUUUUAUCUGCAGGCAAAAGAAAAUCUGAAAUUAAGAUUAAUAGAUUUUUUUCCAUGGUUGUCCUCCCAUUUUCCCAGCUGCUGGGACUGGCUGCCUUGUUCUUGUUUUCCUUCCAGUUUCUCCUCCUCCCAGCCCACCUGUAAGUGCAGAAGGAGCUUUUCUUUGCCUCUUGCCUCUUCUCACAGGCAGCAAAAAUAGCAAAUAUUCCUCCCUGUGCUAUCCAGAGCAGCUUGAAAUCAACUGGGAAAAUUAAAUUCAGUGAGACACCCUCCUGUAUUAAUAUUUAAAGCAUCGUUUGGUGCAUUUGCUGUUUAAACAGAUACACCGAACCCCCUUGCAUAAAAAUAACUUUAAUGACAUUUCAAAGUCAUCUGGAGGGUUUCUUGCCCAGAUUGUGCAGCACAGCCCCCAGCCAGCCUUGGUUUUACAGAAUCCUGGAAUUCUGGGAUGGUUUGGGAUGGAAGGGAACGGAAGGAUCAUCCCAUCCCACCCCCAGCCAAGGGCAGGGACAUCUCCCACUGUCCCAGGUCAGUCCAAGCCUGUCCAGGCUCGUGUUAGUCCAGCCCCAACCCCAGAUUUGCCUUUGGAACAGGCACUGUCCCCUCCAGGGAUGUGCCCUGGUCCCUGUGACUCCUGAGGGGCUCCCGAUGGCUCCCAAGGGCUGUGGCACUCAGAGCCCAGAGCCACCUCUCUGGGGAAGCCCCUCACUCCCAGCUCAGCCACUGUCUCCAGGAGAUGGAGGAAAUUCCCAUUAAACAAUUAAUGGCCCAGCAGUCACUCCCUGGCUGCUGCAGCCUCAGGAUUUGUGCACAACCAAACCUUUCCUUUCUUCUUCCUU